AUGUCUAGAGCGUUAGCCGUUCCGUUGUCCAGCGGCUUGCUUCGGUCUCACAAAGGUACUUUGUUACACCCAUGCAAGACACACAACCGGCCUCACUUCCCUGCUUCUUGCCCGUGGCUCCUCUCCGUCGGUGCCACUGCUUUCCAGGCCAACAACACCGAGGUUCCCGCCCAGUGGGACCGUGGAGGUGCCACUGGUGCUGGUUUCUCCGACUUCUUCAACCGUCUUGACUUCCAGUCUGGCGUUGUUGACUCUUACCUCGCCAACAGCGUUGACAAGGGAGACUACUCCCGCUUCAACACCAAGGGCCGUGCUUACCCCGAUGUUGCCCUCAUUGUUACCGACUAUGUUUACUACUUCAAGGACCACUACUACCUGAGCUCUGGUACCUCCAACUCUGCUCCCAUGUGGGCUGGCAUGAUCUCUUUGAUCAACGAUGCUCGCAUCAGCCAGGGCAAGCCUACUCUUGGCUUCUUCAACCCCCGUCUCUACACCGACAAGGCUGUCCAGGCCGCCUUUACUGAUAUUGCUACUGGUGGCAACCCCUCUUGCAACACCAACGGCUUUAAGGCUGCUGCUGGCUGGGACGUUGUUACCGGUUGGGGUGUUCCCAACUUUGAGAACUUGAAGAAGGUCCUGAGCAACUAA